CUUUAAUUGAUCCCACUACCAAUUUACCUAUUAUUCGAGUUAUUCGUAACAACCUUGGUUCUCGCAUCCGAACAUCGGUGACGCGGACCACUUAUAGUUUGGUACAGCCGGAACAUUUCUCCGUUCAGUCACGCUUCCUUGUACAUUUAGGUACAGGUAUAAACCAUGAACGUUUUCCGCCGCGGCAUGGCGUCGGUGGCUUCUCUGAAACAGGCCGGAAAAGUCGUCUGCAUCGGACGAAAUUAUGCCGACCAUAUCACCGAGUUGAAUUCCGCCAGGCCGAAGCAGCCCUUCUUCUUUUUGAAGCCGACGUCUUCGGUUCUGUUACCCGGAGCCGGUCCCGUCAUCCGGCCUAAAGGUGUCGACCUUCACUACGAGGUUGAGCUAGCCUUGAUUUUGGGCAAGCAAGUGAAAGAUCUUGCAGCGGACGAUGAGAAGGGUGCUUUCGAUGCUAUUGAGAACUAUGCUCUUAGCAUCGAUAUGACGGCGAGAAACAUUCAAAAUGAGGCCAAGAAAAAGGGCUUGCCUUGGUCGAUCGCCAAGGGAUUUGACACCUUCCUACCAAUCAGCAAUCUCAUUGCUAAAUCGGCAAUUCCCAACCCUCACUCCAUAGAUAUCUAUCUCACCGUCAACGACAACGUUCGGCAAUCGGACAGUACCGAGCUCAUGCUUUUCCAGAUCCCGAGGAUAUUGAGCGAUAUCUCCAAGGUCAUGACCCUUGAGAAAGGAGACAUCAUCCUCACCGGUACGCCGAAAGGUGUUGGUCCGGUUGUUCCCGGCGAUGUGAUGCGAGCUGGCAUCAAAGUUAACGGCAAGGAGCUCGAGGAGAGCAAAAUCGAAGUCAAGGUUGAAGAGUCGACUGGCACAUACGAAUAUGCUGAGACAUAAAGUACUGCCUAAAAGGAAGUAUUAGACUCUAACAAGACGGCCUUCGACAAUAAUGCCUACCAAAUCGCUCUAAUUAGUAACUAUUGGAUUCAGUUGCUUCUCCUUAAACAACACCAAUAUAUACCUAGCUCCUACCUAGUACAUGCACAUUAAAAGCGUACAUCACGGUAUUCAGAC